AUGAAGCAUUUCCCAAGGACGAGUUACAAUCAGAUUAUGGUGGCAGAAGAAGACAUCCACAAGACAGCUUUCAUGUGCCCAAGGCAUAUAGGUGCUUUUGAAUAUACUGUAAUGCCUUUUGGUUUAAGAAAUGCAGGAACCACUUAUCAAAGAGCAAUGAACUCUGUUUUUCAUGAUAUGAUAGGGCAUUCUUUGGAAGUAUAUAUAGAUGAUGUGGUGAUUAAAUCCCUAGAGGAGGGAAAUGAUGUAUCAAAUAUGAGAAUGGCAUUCCUAAGAAUGAAGCAACAUAAACUAAAAAUGAACCCAAAGAAGUGUGUUUUUGGAGUUCAAGCAGGAAAUUUCUUAGGUUUCUUGGUCCACCAGAGAGGCAUAGAGAUUGACAAGAACAAAGCAAAAUAA